CCACUUCCCCAAACAUGCUUCCACCUGCAUUCGGUCAACCAAUCGGCUUUCUGGAACUGCGAAAUCUCAAGUACAUAAAUGGUUAAAGGGAAUUGUCAAAGUCACUUUGAAAGGAAGACGCAUCUUUAGAAAUCAUGGUGCCCCGACGAUCAUUUACCAUUGACACCGAGAAAACGACAAGGACGACAUAUGUGCUCGGAACGGAGUUGACGGUGAAUUUAAACAGGUGUGCCCCACCGGAGUCCAAAUUCUUCUCGGUAAAAUGCAGCCCAAACGUGUAUUACAAGAUCACUCCCCAAGCCAAGGACAAGAACGCCGUUCCGUACCCCCUCACCCCAAACACUGUCCUCAUCGUAACCAUGGACGCAGUCAGCAAGACUGCCAACGACAGCAAGCUUUCUGUGAGGUUCUAUGGAGAGAAAACUGAGGCUCUUGGGGAUGCCCUGCUGCAUCUAACAGCUGUUGAGAUAUCUCUGGACGUAGAUGCUGACCGAGACGGCGUUGUCGAGAAAAACAAUCCAAACAAGGGAUCAUGGAAGUGGGGUCCAAAUGGCCACGGUGCAAUUCUGCUGGUCAACUGUGACUCAGAGACCACUUACAAGAAGACACUGGACAGUGACAAUGAUGAGAUCCGCAAAGUCUCGGAUUUGCAGGACAUGUCCAAGAUGAUCCUGCGCACCAACGGUCCAGCUGAACUUCCUGAAGGCUAUAGACUGACCAUGCACAUCUCACAGAGCACUUCAGAGAACGUGAGAGUCUUCAGACCUCGCGCAAAAGGAAAGAAAGUCGAUGGUUGGAAGCAUAAACUCCUGAAGUUGUUCCUGAAAGAUUAUAUCAUGGUGGUGGGAACGGACAUGCUGACACAGGAAGUGCCCUAUCUAGGAGGCAAAACUGAACAGGAAUUCUUUGUUGAGGGUCUUCGCUUCCCUGAUAAAGACUUUGAUGGGCUCAUCACCAUCAACCUCAGUCUACUAGAGCCCUGUGGCAAGGGUUUCCCUGAAACUCCAGUCUUUACAGAUAAAGUGGUAUUUCAUAUUUCUCCCUGGAUCAUGACCCCAAACACGCUCAAACCUGUGGAGGUGUAUGUGUGCAGCACAGAUGAUAACUACGCAUUCCUGAAGAGCAUAAGGAACCUGGUGGAAAAGUGUGGCUACAAACUGAAAAUAUGCCAUAAGUACAUGAACCGAGGUGACCGCUGGAUGCAGGAUGAGCUUGAGUUUGGUUACAUUGACUCUCCCCAUCAUCACUUCCCUGUUGUACUGGACUCUCCUCGUGAUGGAGCACUUCAGGAUUUCCCCUACGACUCCAUUCUGGGGCCAGACUUCGGGUACGUCACACGGUAUGCUUUAAAUGAGGAGGUGAGCAGUCUGGACUCCUUUGGUAACCUGGAAGUAAGUCCACCAGUCACAGUGAACGGGAAAAGUUACCCACUCGGCAGAAUCAUCAUUGGAGUGGCGUUCCCUACUGCAACACAUGGCCGCAACAUGACCAAAGUCGUCCAGGACUUCCUGUGGGCACAGAAGGUUCAAGAGCCAAUAGCGCUGUACUCUGAUUGGCUGUAUGUGGGUCAUGUGGAUGAGUUUAUGAGCUUUGUUCCAGCCCCUGACCGAAAGAAAUUCAGGUUGCUGCUGGCUAGCCCUGACGCCGGAUACAAAGUUUUCAAAAGCUUACAAAUCACUGGGAAUGGAAAAGCAGAAAUGUUUCCGGGUUUGCCAGAGGCCAUCUCUGUAAAUGAGAUCCUGAGCGACAAAAAGCUACAAGCUGAAAACCGAUACGUGCAGAACUGUAUUGACUGGAACAGGGACGUGCUGAAGAAAGAGCUGGGGUUGGACGAUGAUGACAUCAUUGAUUUGCCCAUCCUGUUUAAACUGUCAGAAGAGGAAACGAGGGCUGUGGCUUAUUAUCCCGACAUGGUGAACAUGAUCGUGUUGGGGGAUCAGCUAGGCAUCCCAAAACCGUUUGGGCCGAAGGUGAAUGGCAGGUGUGCUCUGGAGACAGAGGUGUGUUCUCUUCUGGAGCCUCUGGGCCUCAAAUGUACCUUCAUUGAUGACUUUGCCCCGUACCACAAACUGCUGGGCGAAGUUCACUGCGGUUCCAAUGUUCUUCGAGAGCGGUCACCUUUCAAAUGGUGGAACCUAGAGCUGUGAGAGAAAGCGACUAGACCAAGUCUCUUUAAGUGAUGCCCUAUUAAGUCUUCACAGUAGUUAGUUCUGGCAAUAGACAAUACAUAGAGUAAAAUACUAACUGGAUAAUUAAUCUAAAAAUGAAACAUUCUCAUGAUUUACUCACCCUCAUGCUGUCAAGCUCCGAAACCGAAUGAGAAAUCAUUCAUAUCACUGUGUACGGUUUGGUAUUCAUACAACAGCUCUCUAUGAGGAGCAGACAGAAGUGCUUGUUCACUGAUGAAAGCCUUUUGUUGCACCCACACGUUGAGAUUUGAGAGCUGCUGAUUUUCAGUAAAUGCAACUUGAACGACAGCAGAUCAUGGACUUAUGAAACAACAUGAGUGUGAGCAGACAACAGUUUUUAGUACUUUGUAAAAUUCUUCUAACUUUCCUCUGAUAACCAGGGGCCUCAUUUAUAAACGUUGCGUACGCACAAAAGAAGGCGUACGCCACUCUCUACGCAAUAAUUGAUAUUUAUAAAAAGCAAACUUGACGGGAAAAUGUGCGGUCCUUCACGCAAGCUCUGACCCAGGCGUACGCACAAAAACGGGUGAAAUGAGAAAUGGCGACACCGUCGGCAGAUGGAAGAAACACGUGAAACUGAAAGUGAAAAUGACAAUACUGCCUCUCAUAAAUAACAUGAAGACUUCACAAAGCAAGUCUUACAAUUAACAGCCUGCACGAACACCCGUUUGAUCGAUCAGCAGUGAAACAAACAAAAAAAAAUCAAACGAAAAUUACAACAGAAAUUCAAAUGAACACAUAUUUGCAAAAAGAAAAGUGAAAUAUGUUCUGCAAUAUUGGCAUGUUGUGCAAUUCAUCCUCAUAAAUAAUAUAGUUAACAGAACGAAAUAAUGUACAAAACUGAUAUUCUCGUCAAUGUGUCCGUCUGGCGGAGCAGAUAUAGUUGCAAUUAGACAGAUAGAUAGAUAAUUAAGGAGAUAGAUAGAUAAUUAAGGAGAUAGAUAGAUAGAUAGAUAGAUAGAUAGAUAGAUAGAUAGAUAGAAAGAUAGAUAGAUAGAUAGAUAGAUAGAUAGAUAGAUAGAUAGAUAGAUAGAUAGAUAGAUAGAUAGAUAGAUAGAUAGAUGUAUUAAUUGUCCACUGGGGAAAGUUGUUUUCAUAGUAAAACAUUUCUUCAUAAGCUACGGAAUUAUGGUAUUCAUGCAUAUGCCUUUAGUUUGUUUUAUUUUUGAUAAAACAAUGUAUGGCGUAUGUCUUAACCAUUCAGAAAGCAACAAGAAAUUACAUUGGCGCUGAACAAUUUCCCAUUUCCACGUCGAUUAUUACCGACAUCUGUAUCUUGUCAGAUGCCAUUAAAUGGAUGGAAAUAAAAUGCCCCAUCACAAUGCGUAAUGACGCACAAUGGCUGAUCUUGCGCUCUUAGAAGAUGUGGCAAAUGGAAGAAUUCGGAGUGAACGCAUCUUUAGACAGCAAGAAGACUUGCUGGCAAACGAGGACGAGUGGCUUAUGAGCCGGUUCCGACUUCCUCGAGCCGUCCUGUUGGACCUCUGCGGGCUUUUGGGCCCGGCGUUACAGAGGAGCACUCGGAGGAACCACGCCGUGCCAGUCCCACUUCAAGUCCUAACAACACUAGGAUUCCUGGCGACUGGCACUUUUCAGAGGGAAUUGGCUGACAGGUCAGGAAUAUCUCAGCCGACCCUUUACUUGGGUAAUGCCAGACGUGUUAAAAGGCAUAAUAGCUUCGUCCCAUGAUUCCAUAAAGUUUCCAUACACGGCAGGUGAACAGGCAAACAAGAAAGCUAAAUUUGCAGCUAUGUAUGGUUUCCCAAAUGUCAUCGGUGCUAUUGACUGCACUCAUGUUGCCAUAAGGGCACCGAACGUUAAUGAAAAUACUUCAUUAAUAGAAAGCAUUUUCAUUCAAUCAAUGUCCAAAUUAUUUGUGAUGCAGACAUGUUGCUCACUAAUGUAGUAGCUCGGUGGCCUGGGUCAACCCAUGACUCAUUUAUUUUAAGACACCGCAGUGUUGGACGCAGACUCGAGGCGUUUGGAAGUGAUGCGUCGCUUGUAAAGAACAACAAAAGGUGUGGAAAAUAUUAUUGCAUCGGUGAGGACACGUCCACCGCUGGAGGGUUGAGAGCCGCGUGCCAUGGAGACGCUGGGUCCAGACGGCUGCUCAGCUGCAGCAUCGUAACCACUGGCCCCGCUGGAACACCCAGCAACUGAAAUAAAAUUGUUCUAUAUUAAUAAACUGUAAUUGUGUAGCCUGCAUACAUGUGACUUGACUGCAUUCAUUUUACUUAUUUCUCUUACCUGUGUCACCCGGUGCAUCUGGCGCGUCAGUGUCCCCCUCCGCCUCAGUCACCACUCCACUUAAUAGGGAUUCCCCAAUAAUUGCCGCUAGUCUCUCAUCAAGAGGGGUCAGCUCCGGUGUCCCCUUUCCCCCACCCGUGGCAGACACACUCUGGCGAUGGAGCGCUAGACGUUUUUUUGCCUCGACUUUGAUGUCCGACCAUUUCUUUUUUAUUUCGGCCACGGUCCGAGGUUGUGAGGCUACAGCACGGCGUCUGGCACCGUUUGCCACUCAAGUGCCUUUUUGGCAUUAGUAAUGCCCACACUGUGCCCUCCAAACAACAUUUUUCUCCUCUUUUCCUCCUCACCAAUGAUAACUUCUACUUCACAUUGAGUGAAGUUACGUUUUUUUGAUUUCUUCUCUGUGUUUGCCAUGAUUUCGCAAUCAAUGAAUAUUAACUUGUGGGCGUUUCACGGACUAUCUAUGGGCAACUAUGGGCGUGUCAUGAAGCCGCAAAAGCUGCGCUACAUUUAGAAUUGAUUGUGAUUUAUCAAGGGAAAAAUCCGUAGGAUGUGCGUGCGCACGGUUUUAUAAAUCCGAAUAUUUCUGUGCGUACGCACGUCCUAUGUUUCAUCCGUACGCCACUUCUGACGCAAAUCCUACGCAAAGUUUUAUAAAUGAGGCCCCAGGCCUCGUUUUAGCAGUAUAGUUCCUUCUCUGGCUGUAGUGGUGUUGCUUCAGGAUUUCUAAAAAAAAGAAUUAAGGGCUUACACAAUUCUACAUAAUGCUUUGAAAAGUGGUUCAAAAUAAUGUUAAACUGUUGUGUUGUUGUCUUUUUCUAACAAAAAGUUUACAAAGUCUUUCUUAACUGUGAACCAUGAAUGUUUAUUCUGUGUUGCCUUACUUCUAAUGACUGAGAAUUUGAUUUAAGAACUGGGUAUCUGUGAUUUUUCUAUAAUUUCCAUUUACAGCAAUAAAUAAACAUUUAAUUACCCCUCUGA